AUGCCAGCCACACAUACUUUCCCACCAUAUACAUAUGAAUGUCCUCUUGAAUUUUAUUGGCAAGUUUACAAUAAAAGAUUUCCAAAACAUCCAUUAUUCCCAUUUAUUUUAGAUUCAGAAAUUACAGAGCAUGUAGUCGAAGAUAAUGGUAAUGUAAAGUCAGUUAGAAGAACUAAAUUAGAUGUUGAUGCUCCAGGUUGGUUUAAAACUUUAUUUGAUAUUCAUUUUUCAUAUUUUAUUGAAGAGUCAUAUUAUGAUAAACAAGCUAGAAAAAUUACAAUUAAAACAACUAAUGAAACAUUAAGUAGCAAAGCCAAAAUGAUAGAUAUGACAGUUUAUGAAGUUUCACCACAAAAUCCAAAUUGGUGUCAAUUCACCCAAACUGGUACAGUAGAAUUAUUAGUUUCAGUUUUAGGUUUCCAAAAGAAAAUUGAAAAAUGGGUCUUAGAAUUAUAUACAAGUAGAUAUGACGAGUCACGUAAAUUGGAUAUAAAAAUGAUUGAGUUAUACAGGGAUGAAAUUCUUCAACAACAAGAAAAAGAAAGAAAAGAAAAAGAAGAGUUCACUGUUGCUUUUAUUUCUCAGCAACCAACUGUUAAUAUUACUGAAACUGCUGGUACUGUUGAACCAACUGCAAAUACAACAGAGCCAGAGCAGCAAGAAAUUCAAGCUAUUUAA